GUCCCUUAAUAUUUGCACCGCUUCUAUAAAUGGAAAUUUAUACCAAUAUUAUAUUAUUUCUCACACUUACUUACUAACCCCACCUACACACUCCGUAUAUUUAAUUAUAGACUUUACAGUGUGAAUAUGUAAUGUGGCCAAGUGGGAAGUAUGUACCACUUGGUAUGUAUGUAGUACUCCGUAGGUGAAGAAAUAAAGACCAUUUUAGUAACUCUAUUUUUGUUUUAUUUAUUUAUUUGACAUUGGGUGAAAAACUCUAUUUUUUAGUUGAGCAUAAAACAGAUGGAUAUGAAAAAUCACUAUAAAUAGUCUUAACUCUGGUCCUCAUAUUAAGUUAAGGAUAAUUAUGGGAAGAAUGGACGGUGAAUACGGGAGCCGCAUAUCCUGUCUUGCGCAACCACUUGUGGAGGAGUUGGAGGCGGCGAAAGAGACGGCGGCCAAGGACAACAAUCAGUCGUCCCUUGAAGAAUCCAACACCUCUUUCUUCAAAACUCUAUUCAACUGUGCCAACACUAUCUUAGGAAAUGGAGUUUUGAUAGUUCCAUACGCCUUAGCAGCCGGAGGUUGGUGGAGCUUAGGCUUGCUUUUCACUAUAUCCGCAGCAGCAACCUACACAAGCUUGCUAGUGAAGCGAUGUAUGGAAGUGGAUCCAAGGAUCAAAAGUUAUACACACAUAGGGGAGUAUGCUUUUGGUGAAAUUGGUAAAAUAAUUGUAUCCAUUAUUCUAUAUACAGAUCUUUACAUGGUCACUACAGGUUUCUUGAUCUUAGAAGGUGAUAAUCUAAACAAUCUAUUUCCAAAGUUAUCACUCGGAAUCCCGAUUGAUGGGAAAUCAAGCUUCAUAAUACUCGUCGCUCUAGUUCUUCUCCCGAUUGUUUUGUUUGAUAACCUCAGUAUUUUGGCUUACAUCUCAGCCACUGGCGUUUUCGCUUCUAUUUUGAUACUUGUGUCUGUUGUAUGGGUUGGAGUUUUUGACGGUGUUGGAUUCCAUCAUGUUGAAGAUUCUGGCUUUUUCAAGUGGAAAGGAAUACCAACUGCUAUUAGCUUAUACAUGUUAUGUUAUAGUUCGCAUCCUGUUUUUCCUGCUUUAUACACCUCUAUGCAGAAAAAACAUGAUUUCUCCAAGGUUUUACUCAUCUGCUUUACACUCUCCACAUUCAUUUAUGUCUCCAUGGCAGUUCUUGGGUACUUAAUGUUCGGGUCAAGUGUCGAAUCACAAAUAACUCUGAACCUUCCAACGGAUAAAGUGAGCUCACAAAUCGCAAUCUACACCACAUUGAUCACCCCAAUAGCAAAAUAUGCACUGAUAUUGAAACCAAUAGUCAUUUCUACAGAAGGUUGGUUUUCAAAUGAAUAUCAGAAUAGUAAGUGUUUUAAGGUUACAAUUCGAAUAGUGUUGUUGGCUUCACAAGUUGUUAUAGCAUUGGCAUUACCGUACUUUGGAUAUUUCAUGUCAUUGACCGGAGCACUGUUGUGUUCAACGGCAUCGCUUACAAUGCCAUGCUUGUGUUACUUGAAGAUUACAAGCACCAAUAAUUCUCGUCCGGGAUUCAUCCAACAGUUGCUCAUUUGGUGCAUUGUAUUCUUAAGUAUUGCCAUACUGAUUUUUGGCACAUACACCUCACUAGUUGAUAUAUUGGCGGAAAUCACGCAUUAAUUAAUUCUUCACCUCUUUAAAUAAUUAUGAUUCUUUUUAAUACAAUGUUUUUUCUAUGUUA